AUGACCAGGUUAUUCACAAUCAAUGACAUCCCGGCUCAGGCAUUUAUCGAUAAUAAAUGGGUAUCCGGAACCGGCGCUCAGUUAUGUCUGAAAAAUCCCAAGGACGGUAGUGAUAUCCCUAUCAAACUGCACUCCGUGAGUGUCACAGAUAUCGAUCAUGCAGUGGUUAUAUCAAAGAAGGCAUUUUCCACUGGUCCAUGGUCAAAAAUGACCGGAAGCCAACGAGGCCGAUGUCUGAAUCGACUGGCCGAUCUUAUCGAGGAAUAUAGCGAUGAGAUCUUUUACUUUGAAAGUCUGGCGUCUGGUCGUCCGAUUUCAGCUUCGAAAAGGGAGAUUUCAAUGGUUGCGGGCGUCUUUCGCUAUUACGCCGGGUGGGCCGACAAGAUCAAAGGCGACACUUUUCCCCCUGAUGAUGGAUUCUACAAGUUUGUUACGCAGGAACCAUUGGGUGUUUGUGCAGGCGUUACAGCCUGGAAUGGUUCUUUGCAUUUUCUGGCUUGGAAAGCCGCUCCUGCACUCGCUUGCGGAAAUACUUCUAUCAUCAAACCUUCGGAGAAGUCCCCCUUGGGCACAUUGGCAUUUGGCUACCUGAUUGAGGCAGCUGGAUUCCCGCCUGGCGUUUUCCAGAUUCUACCAGGAGACCCAGCGGCUGGAGCAGCAAUCGCUUCCCAUAUGAAGAUCGACAAGAUUUCAUUUACAGGGUCUACAUCGACCGGUCGCAAGAUCCAGGAAGCUUCCGCCAAAAGCAAUUUGAAACGUGUCACUCUGGAAUUGGGAGGGAAGAGUCCGUCUAUUGUGUUCGAUGAUGCUGACAUUGAGACUGCAAUUUUCUGGUCCAUCAUUGGAAUUACGUCUAACUCCGGUCAAGUGUGUGCCGCCUCGUCGCGAAUCUAUAUCCAAGACACAAUCAUCGACAAAUUUCUGGAGCGCCUGAAAGUUGCUUUCCAACACGUGAACAAUGCUCUGGGCGGUGAUCCACAAGACGAAACGACGACUUUUGGUCCACUGGUCGAUCAGUCACAGUACGAUAAAGUAAGAUCCUAUAUCGAAGCAGGAAAGCAGACUGCGGAAUUGAUUGUCGGGGGUGAUGAGUAUGAAGGGAAGGGAACUUAUGUCGCGCCAACCAUUUUCUUGAAUCCUGAGAGCGAUGCUUCCGUCUAUACAGAGGAAGUGUUUGGGCCCGUUUUGUGCGCGAGAUCAUUCCAUACUGAGGAAGAGGCGCUGGAACUUGCGAACGACACUUCCUUUGGUCUGGCUGGAUCAGUCUUUACUAAAGACCUUGGCCGAGCAAUGAGAGUUAGUCGGGCGAUUCAAGCCGGCACGGUAUCUGUGAACUGUGCGUUGAUGGUUGGGCCUCAGGCUCCUAUGGGGGGAAUGAAGUUGAGUGGAGUUGGAAGAGAACUUGGAGAGUACGCUCUGAGACAUUAUACUGAGCCGAAAACCAUUUGGAUUCGGGCCGAGUGA